AUGGGUCCAAAAAUUAGAAUUCAACUUUCUCCUGAAGAAAAAGCUGCGUUGAAAGCAGCAAAAAGAAUAGAGAAGAAGCGCCUUAAACUAGAGAAGAAGAAACAAGAGCAAAGGGACGUUUUACUAAGAGAGCUCAAAUUCAGUGACGUUACCAUUGGUAGACACGAAAAAGAAUGGAGACAAAUGUUAAUGGACAUUGCCCUCCCUCAUAUGAGAGACGAAUUAGAAUUUGCCUGGCAUAACUUCGAACUAGUCAUAGAUAAUAAAGAUUUCACAAUUUCCUUGUUGUUGGAAGAAAUAAAAGAUUCCGAAGAGCAGUAUUCCAUGAAUUGUAAAAAUCAUAUCGAGCACAUUGAUAAACUAUUAGAUAUGUUUAAAGAAAGAAUGGAAGAACUCAAACGUGAUUAUGACAACGAGAUUAGUAAUUUGGAAAAGAAAACCGAAGAAGAAGUAGGAGAAUUAACGCAAACAUUAACGGAUGAUGAGAAUUAUGUGAAAACCAUUUUGUACAUAUUGGAAAUGGCUAGAAAGGAACAAAAGGCGAAUAUCCGAGCAGAAUAUUUCAGCAAAAUAGAAGAAGAAGAGACUAAAAAUGUACAGUUGAUCCAAAGGCUCCGAGGAAUUUUGGAAGCCGUACAUUUUGGUAUAGAAAAAGACAUUGAUGAAUUUCUUUCUAAAUAUAACAACGCAAUCAAAGAGAGGAAGAAGGGAUACGAAAAACUGAAACAGCAAGACGACGCCCUUCAAGAACUAUUAGCUUUUCAACUAGAUAAGAUAAGGAAAAUGCACGAAUCUAUAAAAACGCUUAGGCAAGAGUUGGCAGAUUCUCAAAAAACCCUUGGUAGGAAGCUUAAAGAUUUGGAAACCGAAUUUCAGUUUUUUAACAAUGCUUUCAACAUUUUAAAAACACGAUUGGUGAAAGAUAGGGAAUUAGACGCAAAAAAGAUGGAAAUACUAACUGUUAAUCACAAUGAGACAGUACAAGCUCUUCAAAAAAUUAAAGAAAAAGGAGAACAUAUACUGCACAUAGCUGCGGUCUGUCGGAAAUUGGAAACACAAGAAGAAAAAAUUCGUCCUUUUCCUUCGAAUUAUUUGAAAGAAGAUACAACUGGAAUCGAUCAACGGGUUGAAUCAAUGGAAAUAUUGGAUCUUUUUUGGCAAAGAGUGGGUCAAGCUGAGGCAUCAAGAUACGCUCUUAUUGAAGAACGAACAUUUUUAAAAACUGAAAAUAACAUUUUACAAAGAAAGAUACAUGAAUUUUGUCAAUGUUUGCAAUGUCCUGUUCCACAAACAUUGGAUAACGAAGAAUUGAAUUGGCCACCUUAUAUAGGACAUAUUUCUAAAAAUGUUACUGAGGCUAUUUCAGAGAUGAAAAAGUAUCAAGUGCAUGAUUAUCCUUUCGGGAAAUGA